AUGACUCGACGCCGGGGACUUACUAAUGAAGAAAUCAAAAAAAUUUUAGAAGAGUCAGAUGACGAAGAUAUUGAUUUGGAUGAUGAAAUAGAUGAUCCCGAUUUUCAAGAUCCAACACACAAUUUGCAGUACUCAUCCGAUUCAGACGAGUGUGAAAUGGAUAUCGAUCAUGAUACCAUUCCCCAAAAUACAAAGAACAGCGAUGCUUUGAGUGAUACUGAUACGGCAUCACUUUCAUCAGUUGAUGAGAUACCAUCAGCUAAUGCUUCAGGCUGCAAACCAAUCUUAUGGUUUCAUGCAGAUUCAACUUUCCAACCUCGAAUGACAAUUCCAGCAGAGUCAUCGCCUAGUUUGUUAUUCAACUUAAAUCGUUCAGCUACCGAAUUGGACGUGUUUCUCAAGAUAUUUCCAAAAAGUCUUAUGAUUUGGAUCUCUCAAUGCACAAACCAACGACUCGAAAAGUUAGGACAAACAAUUCACCCUACAGACCCCUCUGAAAUUAUGCUUGUCCUUGGAUGCAUGCUUGUCAUGUCUUACAAUAGGGUGCCGAAAUUCUCUCAUUAUUGGUCAUCUAAUCCUUCUUUGGGAAACGUAGCAAUAAAAAAUGCUAUUUCAAGAGACAGAUGUAAAACGUUGCUGUCGAAACUAUAUUUUGCUGCACCAGAAAAUGCAAGUAAAACAUAUUAUAUUGACGAGGUUGUUUCGUGCCUGAAACAAACCUUCAAACAGUGCCGAAGCGAAAGCUCAUAUCAAGCUAUUGAUGAAUCAAUGGCGAAAUUCAAGGGACGUUCAUCCCUCAAACAAUAUAUGCCGAUGAAACCUGUGAAAAGAGGGAUAAAAAUUUGGCAGCGAUGUGAUUCAAAAACAGGAUAUGUAUAUGACAUGAACAUUUAUUCCGGAAAAGAAACGGGUGAAGUUCAAGGCACACUCGGGAACGGGUAG